AUGGACCCCGGGGAUCCAGCCAUGCAUGCCGAUGAGCCUCAACCUUCCGUCUUCCGCUGGGUUCUCGGCUUCCUGCUUGUCGGGGCGGCAUGGGGAAUGACCACGCCAUUCAUGCGGCGCGCUGCCGUCAACUACACUCCACCGUCCCGUCCGUAUCUGACGGAUCCAAGUGUUCCCUGGUUGAAACGGAAGCUAUGGGGUGUCAUAUUCGCAGUGGCCGAUCUCUUGCGGCGGCCGGCGUAUGCUGUGCCACUGUUAAUAAAUAUUACGGGGAGCAUUUGGUUCUUCCUUCUGCUGGGCUCGGCCGAACUUAGCCUUAUGGUUCCCAUCACGAAUUCAUGUGCGUUCUUGUUUACCGUUUUGGGUGAGUGGCUGGCGGAGCGCAAAGUUAUUGAAAAGGAUACUUGGUUCGGGAUGGCACUGGUACUCGGAGGCAUUGCUUUGUGCGUGACUGCAAAGAGAUAG